AUGGAAAAAAUAUUUUUGAUUAUUUCUGGUACUUUGGGUGAAAAUGUUAUUCCGCGUAUUCAUCAUCUGUCGCAAAUCGAAUCUAUUUAUAUAUUUUGUUUCGACCAAGACAAACAUAAAUUAUGGACUCAAAAGUAUAAUAAAGUUAAAGGUGUAUAUUCGGAUAUAGAACCAAUUUGUGAUGAAUUAAAGAAAACUAUUUCUCAAUGUUCAAAUGAUUUAGUUCCAAUGGACAUUAUCAAAUUUGAGUCAAAUUCAAAUCAACAAAAAUCAGUUCACGAAUUGAAUAAACAAGAAGCAUCUUUCAUGUAUUUUCAACUUUUAAAACAACUUUUACUUCGUAUGGAAUAUUCUAAAGAUGUUAGAGACGAAAUGAUCGAAGAAUGUCGUUUACAUUAUGCCGAUAAUCAGACACAGUUAAAAUACAUUAAUGAGUUUCAUUGUAAUUAUAAUCCAAGUGAAGCUUUGCGAUGGUAUUCUCGUGAAUGUUUUCUCUAUCAAAUUUUGAAUAAAGCUUGCCGUACACAAGACAUUGAUAGACUUUACAAAUUUCGAUUCUUCAUCAAAGAUCUUCAUAAUCAAUUAAAACAGUUACAGACAGAAUUUUUUGAAUUAGUAUCCGAUAUGGGAACAAGACUGACUGUUUAUCGUGGACAAAAUAUGAGUCGUAAUGAAUUCGAAAAAAAAUUGAAGAAUAAUGUUAACGGUCUUCUAUCAGUGAACACAUUUUGGUCAACAACAUUGUAUAGAGAACUAGCCGAAGGUUAUGCACUGAAUGGAUCAGAUAUGGAAUCUGUUUUAUUUCAAAUAAGUAUUGAUGGAA